AUGAGUGGGCGGUAUGUAUAUUCUCAAGGGGCUUCAGGUUUGACUGUGACAGAAAAAUUUACUACACCUAUGACGAGUGUACACUCUGACGAGACUGACCUAAAACCUGACAUAAAAGUAAAACAUUCUUUUUUACUCUCUUCACUUUGUCCCGUAAAUCUGAUGGGCAGAGACUUGAUGUGUACCUAUGGUAUUUGUUUGACGUCAUCUCCAGACGGCCUUAAAGUGGUUAGGCGUAGAGCCGCACUCCAAAUGAUGCAAAAGGCUCCCUCUAAUCCUCUUUUUGUGUAUCAGUGGUGGAUCCCGAUCGAUGACGCUCGGAGGCUAAGCCAGGCUGGUGAAGCACGGGUUUCUCCUCAUGCAGACCGUAUGAACCCUGAACACCUGCAUUGCACGACAUAUGUGUCAGAGGGUCCAGACGACUCUUUUGAAGAGACAUAUUUUGAGACCCUCAAUGAUGCAAUUGCCUGUUCUACUUUGUACUGGUCAACUUGUAAAUCUGCUGUGUCUAUUUCUCUGUCUUCCACGCAGAAAGAGCUGUUUCAAGUUCCCGGCUCCUAUCCCCAUGUCUCACUGUCUAAAGGACGCCUUGACCAAUGGAGGGAUUUGGGACCAUUUGUGGCUCAGUGUGAAUCUCUCACUGACUGGGAGGAGACAAUCGAUCCGCUUGUUCUGCGCUCCGCAUCUACAGGGUUUCACAGAACUCACUGUGUACUUCUCACACCAGCUUGUCGAUCUGUCUAUGUGUUUUAUGAGCACAACGACAAAGUUGAAACAUUUUUAACAAAUCCCACAUCGAUUUCUCCCGCUCUUGCUUCUGUUCCACAGACACUCUGGGCGGCACACAAAUAUGACGUAGGCUUGAUCAACAACUGCCAACCGGUCGUCAUCACUCCACGUUCUGACUUCCGCCCCCACAAACACCAGUACCCCCUGCGACAAGAGGCCAUUGACGGUAUCACACCUGUAUUCAAUUCGCUCCUGGAGGCAGGAGUGAUAGUUCCAUGUCCAGACUCACCGGUCAGGACGCCAAUAUUUCCAGUAAAAAAAAUCAGAGAUGCUGGCAAGCCUACAGAAUGGCGUUUCGUGCAGGACCUAAAAGCAGUAAAUGCGGCUGUUCAUGCACGGGCACCAAAUGUUCCUAAUCCUUACACAAUCCUAGCUCAGAUUCCUCCUGAAGCUAAAUGGUUUUCUGUUGUUGACCUGUCAAAUGCCUUUUUCAGCGUGCCAGUCGACAAAGACAGUCAAUUUUGGUUUGCAUUCAACUUCAACGGUAAGCCAUACACCUUCACUCGUUUGUGUCAAGGCUAUACCGAAUCACCCACAAUCUACAAUGAUGCGCUCAGAGAAAGCUUGGAGAGCUUAACGCUCUCUCCCGGCUCUGCACUUCUGCAGUAUGUUGACGACUGUUUAAUUGCAGCUCCUACUCAGACGCAGUGUCAGACAGACACGCUUAAACUACUCAAACAUUUAGCAAAGGAAGGCCACAAGGCCAGCCUUUCUAAAUUACAAUUUGUGUCUCAAAAUGUGCAUUUCCUAGGUCAUGACAUAUCUGGAGAAGGAAAAACCCUCUCCCCAAAAAGAAUCGCCGCGAUCGCAUCAAUACCGAAACCCAACACCAAAAAACAAAUGAUGUCCUUUUUGGGCAUGUGCUCAUACUGUCGAUCAUUUAUUCCAAACUACUCACAAAUGGAACAACCGUUAUCAAACCUAAUCCAUGGAAAAAAUCUUACAGCACACGACAAAAUAAUCUGGACUGAAGAGGGUCAUGCGGCCUUCACACAAAUGAAAUAUGCUUUGCAAACUCCUCCGACUCUUGGACUGCCGAAUCCGAAUAAGCCAUUUACUCAGACAGUAGAUGAAAGACAGGGCUGCAUGACUUCUGUGCUGCUACAACCACAUGGUGAUAAACUCCGCCCGGUUGCGUAUUUCUCCGCAAAACUCGACCCUGUCGCUGCAGGACUGCCACAAUGUUUGCGCGCUGUGGCCGCGGCUGAAAGAGCGCUCACUGCCUCACGUGACAUAGUGGGUUACGCACCCCUCACUCUGCUCGUUCCGCACGCGGUUUCUUUGAUUCUCCUCGAACAGAAAUCCUCUCACCUUUCUGCGGCUCGCUAUUUACGGUACCACACAUGUCUCCUCGACAUGCCGAAUGUCACAAUAAAACGUUGUACUAACCUUAACCCUGCAUCCUUACUUCCUAUUCCUGGGGAUGGGGAGGACCACAACUGUUUGGCUGAGCUCCAAGCUCAGUGCACUCCUCGUCCUGACCUAGUGGACACUCCACUAACUAACAGCGACAUGGUUGCAGCCGCCCUCCCGAAACCAGCUGAAGGACCACUCCACAAACUGAAACCUGGUGACUUUGUGGUGGUGAAAGACUUCAGAAGAAAGAACUGGAAAGCACGACGCUGGCAGGGACCGUUCCAGAUUCUCCUUGUCACCCAAACAGCUGUCAAAGUAGCUGAAAGGGCAACUUGGAUCCACGCAUCCCAUUGCAAGAAGGUUCCAGAUCCAGUACCAGCAGUGGGCUCAAGCGACCCUACCCCCACAACAAGUGUCAAUCAACCGACACCACCGUUGCAGUGACCACGGACGGGUUCACAACGGGCAGUUGACCGACAGACACACAGUGCAUUGUGAUCUGUGUUGACUGUCUACAACGCGGAUGCCUCACAAGAAAGAAGGUUGGCAGACUCCACAUCCCAACGUGUACCUACGGACCAACACAAGAAGAAGAACACGACCAGGACCCCUCCACAUAGACACAGUAGUCGUUUGUGUCACUACGGUUUCAUUCGUAUUAUUGCUUGCUUCAGUCUCAUUGUAUCUUAGCAUCUUUUUGUGAUUUGUAAUCAGCUAUCUAAAGAGUGGUUCUCCUUAUCAUGGAACGGCAACGGCCAUGGAGCCCCCUUAGACGACUGGGGGGAACUCGUGUAACCAUGUGUUUAUUUGCAAGUGUCACUUUGUUUGUGUUAAUUCCAUAUUCUGGACAUGACUCUGACAAUGACCCCAACAGUGACUCUGACUCCCUGGUCGACCUCAACACUUACGACCUCGAUACAUACGCAUAGUGACAUUUUUAUAUUCUCAUGUUUCUGUGUUCAUUCCUUUUGUUUCAUAUUUGCUUGCUAAACGACCUGAGACUUGGUCUCACAAAAACAUAUUUUUGCAAUAUUAUGUGUGAUUAAAGAAUAAUCAAAAGAGUGGAAUGUAAUGGUAAAAUAUGUUAUAACAUAAUCUUAUGCCAAAAGAUUGAUUAUUGUCUGUAAUGAAGCAAUGUGAGAAGAAAAGGGAGACCCAAAAGUUGCCUUUUGCAGCUAUGUGAAGGAGGAUAGUCAAACUGGCCUUCACCCGAAUGCUCGAACAAAGGAACCCUGUUACUCCCAUCUUUGCCUUGAUUCUUUUCCUGCUUGAUUUGUAACUUUUCAUUUGUGUUAUCUCACAGGUGGUUUAGAGUUUCAGGCUUUAGUAGCUCUCGUGUCUGCAUACCACUAGAAAUGACCUUCAUGUGUGUGUAUAAGAACUCAGCAUUUUCACUGCUCGGAGACGCCAUCUCCACAGAGCACCGUGAUACGUGCCUGUGUAGUUGACCUCCUGCUUGCAAGCAAUAAAUGGACUUUCUGCAACUUUGA